UCUAGACUUUGGUCCCAGCAUAGCAACCAUCAGGUGCAGUUGUUUUGAAAUAUUCAAGGUGAAACUAUUGGCUUGCGGAAAAUUAUAAUUCCUGCGACAUACGAUAUCGUGUUUGUCCGGCAGUUUUAUUGUGGUUAUUAAAGUGUUUAUCUGUAAUAGCAUUGUAGCAGAGGAUUUAGUGACGAUUGAGCAUUCCGAACAGUGGUGAGUGGUGUGCCAGUGCGAUGCUAAAAUGUCCGCAGCGAAAGCGGCUUUGCAGUGUUUGCUACUGUGUUUGGUGCCGCUGGCUUUAGUUCGCAGUCAGGCGUGUUCGGAAAAGCCGUGGGAAGUUGUGCAUCGAAAGUUGGCCACGAAAACACCGUAUCGACAUGUAUAUCGAGAUCGUGAAGCCGCUUCAACGAUUGCUUUCGAUGGCUGCAGAGUGAGCAAGAUCUGGGGAUUGUUCCGACAUGGAACUCGAAAUCCCUCCGAGAAAGUUAUUGAGGCAAUGAACAACGAUUUGGUAGGCAUUAGGGAUGACAUUCUGCAUCACGGUAAGCUAUGCCAAAAGGAACUGGAUUUAUUCAAAUCGUGGACGCCUUCGUUGGUUCCCGAGCAGGAAAAACUUCUGGUAGCGGAAGGGGCAGACGAAAUGGUACACAUUGGUCGAAGAUUCCGUCAACGUUACGGACGAAGUUUGCCAGCACGAUAUGAGCAGAAAGAUUUUUAUUUUAAAUUUACUAAAACGGAACGAGCGGAGAACAGCGCUAAAAACUUUAGCUUGGGUUUAUUCGAUAGAAUUGAGAAUAUACACUUUCCCGAAGCGCUCUCUAAAGAUCCUGUUCUAAGAUUCUAUAAACUAUGCGAACGAUGGAAGGUUAAUAUCAAGCACAACCCCGAAGCAGUUCGGGAAGUGGACCGGUUUUACAACAGUAAGUUGAUGAAGGAUGUUGUGGGGAAGAUUUCCAAAAAGGUUGGAACAUACGUGGAUUCGGACAGUAUUUAUCUUAUGUAUCAGACCUGUGCCUUCGAGACUGCUUGGACGAAAAGGCACGUCUCUCCGUGGUGCCUGCUGUUCGACAAGUCUUCCGUGAAGGUACUGGAAUUUGGAGAGGAUCUGGAAUACUACUGGAUCGAUGGUUACGGACAUGAGUUGACAUACAAGCAGGCCUGUGCCGCUUUUCGAGAUCUGUUCCAGCGAUUCGAUGAGGACUUAGAACCAUUCACCUUUUAUUUUACCCAUUCUGGAACGCUGCUGAAGGCAAUGGCCUUCCUAGGAUUGUAUAAGGAUGACUUUGUUUUAACGCACAAAGAUUUCGACCGAAGGAGACAAUGGAGGGUGAGCGAAAUAGACGCAUUCGCUUCUAAUCUUGUGUUCACUAAAUUCGAGUGCUCCAACGGUACGCAUGUAAUGCUGACACAUCAAGAAAGACCCGCUUGGAUCCCUGGUUGCCCGCGGAAUCAAAGCCUUUGUGAUUAUACAACAUUCAGACAGAUUUUUAACGAUAAAAUAGAGAACUGCGCUUUCGAACCGAUGUGUUCGCUUAAUGUGCCUAAAAAUGAUGAAUUCAGAUGAAAAGAAGGGUUUCUUUUCCAAAAUGCAGUAAAUCGCAGAAAAUAAAAUUUCAAACGAAUUGUAACCGCAUCUUAGGGAAAAUAAAAAUAAUGUUGCUUGUUUA